GGCAGUGGUGUGUUGGUCGUCACUAGUUACCACAGCCAUAAAGUCAUUAUUAUGGCCAAAACGAGCCUAUUUCUACAAGUUAUAUCCUUAAAUAUGUUUUUAAACCUAACCACACUGGUGACAUGAUUAACCUUUAAAUUAAGACCAAAAAGGGAAUUUUUAAUAAAAAAAACGAUAUAUAGCCAAUUUUGACUUUGUGGUUGGGGUAACUAAUGACAACUGAUGCGUGUUCUGCUCGCUUCUAUCCAUUAUAUGGUGGAUGAUGGCCGCUUCAAAGCCUGUCGAGUCGCAGUCCGGGAGCGGUUUCCCCCGCUGGCAGCUGGCCCUUCUGGUCGGAACCCCCAUAGUGCUGGGUGUAGGAGCUGUUUACCUGUGGAAACGAAACAAGACGAAGGACACACCGGGGAAAAGCAAUGGGGAACGGACAACUCCAGAAGGCAGCGCCAACCCCGUCCAGGGCCAAGGAGCCCGUUGCGAGCAGGAGGACAUGAGUCCUCUGGACCGGGCCCAGGGUGCUAAGAACAAGGGUAACAAGUACUUCAAGGCUGGGAAGUAUGAGCAGGCCAUCCAGUGUUACACAGAGGCCAUCGGUCUGUGUCCUAGAGACAACCAGACAGACCUGUCCACCUUCUACCAGAACAGAGCUGCUGCCUACGAACAGCAGAUGAAGUGGACAGAGGUGGUGCAGGACUGUACCCAGGCUGUAGUGAUUAAUCCACGCUACAUAAAGGCCCUGUUCAGGAGGGCCAAGGCCCUGGAGAGACUGGACAACAAGAAGGAGUGCCUGGAAGAUGUGACAGCGGUGUGUAUCCUGGAGGCCUUCCAGAACCAGCAGAGUAUGCUGCUAGCAGACAAAGUCCUAAAACUGCUGGGGAAGGAGAAGGCCAAAGACCAAUACAAGAACCGCGACCCCCUGAUGCCUUCUCCUCAGUUCAUCAAGUCCUACUUCAGCUCCUUCACUGAUGACAUUAUCUCCCAACCGCUCCAGAAGGGUGAGAAGAAGGACGAGGACAAGGACAACGAGGGCGAGGCCGCAGAGGUCACAGAAAGUUCUGGUUAUCUGAAGGCCAAGCAGUACAUGGAGGAGGAGAACUAUGAUAAGAUCAUCAGUGAGUGCACUAAGGAGGUGGAGUCUGGGGGCCGGUACACUGCUGAGGCCCUGUUGCUACGGGCAACCUUCUACCUCCUGAUUGGCAACGCCACCGGCGCCCAGCCCGAUCUGGACCGGGUCAUCAACAUGGAGGACGCCAACGUCAAGCUCAGGGCCAAUGCUCUGAUCAAGCGUGGCAGUAUGUACAUGCAGCAGCAGCAGCCUAUGAUGUCAACACAGGACUUCAACAUGGCCGCUGAGAUCGACACGCGCAACGCAGAUGUCUACCACCACCGGGGACAGUUGAAGAUCCUUCUGGACCAGGUAGAGGAGGCCGUCCGAGAUUUUGAUGAGUGCAUCCUGCUCAGACCUGACUCUGCUCUGGCACAGGCUCAGAAAGGCUUCGCCCUGUACAGGCAGGCAUACACUGGCAACAGCCAGUCCCAGGUGCAGACGGCCAUGGACGGCUUUGAGGACAUCGUCAGGAGGUUCCCUAAGUGUGCUGAAGGAUACGCUCUGUAUGCACAGGCAUUGACUGACCAGCAGCAGUUUGGCAAGGCAGAUCAGAUGUACAACAAGUGUAUUGACCUGGAGCCAGACAACGCCACAACAUACGUCCACAAGGGGUUGUUGCAGCUCCAGUGGAAGCAGGACUUGGACCUGGGCCUGGACCUCAUCAGCAAGGCCAUUGAGAUCGACAACAAAUGUGACUUUGCCUAUGAAACCAUGGGCACUAUUGAGGUUCAGAGGGGAAACCUGGAAAAAGCGAUAGACAUGUUCAACAAGGCCAUCAACCUGGCCAAGUCAGAGAUGGAGAUGGCCCACCUCUACUCACUGUGUGAUGCAGCCUACGCCCAGACUGAGGUAGCCAGGAAGUACGGGCUGAAGCCACCCACGCUGUAACUCUCCACACAGACCUGUAUAGAGUUCUAAUGGACUGUUCAUUUGCUACUAUAUAUGUUUCUAUUCUUCUUGUUCUCUAACAAAUAUUCCUGUCCAGACACCUCCAUAUCCUCGAGAUAACGUAACAUUAUCAUUGAAUGGCAAAUUUAAAUGCAGGAUUAAAAUGUUAGUCAAAUGUGUGUGUGUAAUGAUGGAUGUCUGUGUUUGGUGUAAUGCUGCAGCUGAUAUGACAAUGUGUGGGAUAAGCGAGUCCAGGGGAAGUUGGGGUCCUAAAGUGUUGUUUAUUUUGGGGGAUUGCCUGUUUUUCUUUUUUAUAUAUUCUGUACAGCAUGUGAGAUUUCUCUUUCUAAGUACAUGUUAAUGCUCGUGCUGAAAUACUGUUUCUGAAACUAUCUGGCCAUUUUGGAAAGGCUAGACUGAAUAAGAAUGAACAUUUAGAGCUAAAAUGACAGCUUUAAUUCAGCAAUUCUCAAAAUGUACCGCUUCUAUUUUUAUGUGGUUGUUUUCCCAGCUGCUUGUAGAUUCCGAAAAAGUCAGAAGGGACAAUUAUUUUAAUAUUUUUUUCAGGCUCAGUCAACUUUUAUUUUGCAGGGGGCAGGUAUGCCAUCAUACAGUGCCUACAGAGAGUAUUCACACCCAGUGGUGUGUAUUCAUGGAUGCCAAGGGAAGCCAGGCUUCCCCAAAAAAAUUGACCAAUAAAAAAAACAAAAUUA